AUGCAACCACGCCUGCACUACGACGACGUCGCCUGGGAGAAAAGCGAAGCCGUCGCCGAUGGAUGGGUUCGCCAGUUUCUUGAACCCGACGUACUACGCCCAGUUGGUAAUUUCUUGCUCAGACACCACCGUCCUGGCGAUGCGGACGAAUUCAGCUUUCUGGGGAAAGGCGCAUACAACGUCUGUUUCCAGAUGAAGUACAAGCAUGCAAAAGCUGCCGUCAUGCGCUUCCCCCAGCCAGGUGCCACCAUGUUUCCUGAAGAGAAAGUCCGGAAUGAAGUCGCUAUUAUGCGAUACAUCCACGAUCAGACUUCCAUCCCCGUUCCUUUUGUCCACUACUGGGGGAUGAGGAAGGAGAGUCCGCUGGGAUUAGGUCCGUUUAUUAUUAUGGACUAUAUUGACCAUGAUACAAGCAUGUAUGAUGCUCUUAACACGCCUGGGUGCCCAAAGGAAGACCGUGGAAUUCUGGACCCGUAUAUCAGUGAGGCAAAAUUAGAGGCUUUGAUAGGGUCACUAGACCAGGUGGACGAUUUCACCUGGGAGGUGACACGUAGACCUUUAUCAAUGCCUAUGAAUGCUCUGGUUCAACUGGGAUCCUUGCCCCAAUCGAAAUUGCCAACCGCGACAUUCGACACCAAGUCCUCAUACUUUGAAGCCCUAGCAGAGCUGCACAUCGCUCACCUCAUCAACCAGCGCAAUGACGCAAUCGACUCAGCCGAAGACUGUCGGCGCAAGCUUGUUGCUCGAUAUCUUUUGCGCAAACUCGCCAGAGAACAUCGAUUAACAGAGCGGUGGCAUCCUUUGACAAAGGCACGUUCAAACUUUGACUGGGAAUUCGCGUAUGCCGCCCCAGUCGAAUUCUCCUUUGCGCCCCCGUGGUGGCUUUUGAUUGAAAAACCUGAUUACUGGCGCCAAGGUCUUGAUGAUUGGUGCAGCGAGUAUGACCGGCGCCUUCAAACCUUUCUCGGCGCGAUGAGGUACCAAGAGGACAAGGCAAUUGAACAGGGCUGGCUAAAGAGUAGCCAGCGGCUUUCUGGUCCGAUGCAAGAGAGCUGGGAGAGUGGAGACUUCUGGAUUGCGUAUGCGGCCAGGGAUAACUUUGCCUUUGACUUGAUAUACUGGCACAAGAUUGAUCAGCGAUUCUUUGGGCCGACCUCUUCUCCCAUAGACGAUGUUUGGAAGCAGAGACUUGAUUUCUUGGAGCCGGAAGACAGAGCUGAUAUCGAAAGAUUUGUGGCGAUAAAGCUCGAAGAGAUGAAUACUCGGCCAUUGGCUUGGGACCCGGACGAUUACAUCAAGGAGGUCGCAGAGAAAGUCCCUGAGGAUAACGCAGCCAACGGAGAUGAAAACGGUGCAACAGGAUAUGGAGCGGAUGACGGUGAUGUUGGCUUGGAUAAUCUGCCGGGAUUGUCUCUCUGA